AUUUGACACUACUAAAAGAUCAUUAUUAGCACUGCUGGAUCUACAUUUGAGAAGGCAUGGCCAACAUCGAAUUAGAUGAUAGAGUGAUGAGUGAGGAAACGGAAGAAACAAUCAAGCGUCGUUUGUUCAAACUUUGCAUGAAAGGCGAAUGGGGGAAAGUAGUUGAUACAUACGAGAGCGACAAGAUGGCUCACAUGGCAAGAAUAACGAGCACAGGUGACACUGCACUGCAUCUUGCGGUCACCGAUGGCCAAAACUACGUCGUCCAACAACUGGUGAAAGUACUCAUGUGUGAGGAGGGUCAACGUAAAGAGUCUCUGAUGAUUCAGAAUGAUAGAGGGAACACGGCCUUGCACUUUGCGGCUUCAGGGGGGAGCGUGGAAAUGUGUGAGUGCAUUGCUUACGCAGAGCCUUCGUUGUUGAGAAUGCGCAACGUUGAUGGCGAGACUCCUAUCUUUCUCGCUGCUCUCCAUGGCAGAAAAGAAGCUUUCCUUUGCCUUCACUAUCGCUCUGACUACACCAACCAAAUGCAUUUCAACUACGAUUCCAACUGUACAAGAAAUGACGGUGACACCAUUCUUCAUUCUGCCAUUGCCGGAGAUUUUUUUGAUUUGGCAUUCCAAAUAAUUCAUUUGUACGGAAAUCUUGUAGACCGUGAGAACGUGAGUGGUUUCACUCCUCUUCAUCUCCUGGCGAAUAAGCCUUCUGUUUUCAGGAGUGGUAACCGCUUGGGACGAUUUGAAGCAAUGAUUUAUUACGCUAUAACUGUCAAGGAGCUCGAAGUAGCACCCAGUUAUCAGCAGCAAUGUCCAACAACCGGCAAAGAAAAAAACAGUUAUCCGAAAAAUUAUCAGACAUGCAUGGGGUUUUUGAGGUUGAUAAAAAUCUUCACCUUAUUUGUGACUAAGCUCUUCACACAAUUUCUAUACAUAAAGCAACAACAAGAUCAAAUUGGAACUGAAAGAGACCUUGAAGCAUCAACAAAGAUUGCUACAAAUAAUGGAGCUGAAACAAAUUCUCCAGGAUCUGAAACCAGCGAUCGGUCAAGUCCAUUAUUUCCGGUCAAUUACCAAAGCUGUGUGGAUCUCUACAAGUUCAUAUUUAUUAAGAUAAUGCUGACAUUCUUUGCAACAGAACCUACCAUAAGGAACAUACAAGAAAUCAAGGAAAAGAACGUGUGGUCUGGUCAAAUAAUGGAUGAACUUCUGAAGCGAGCUUCCAUGUAUGAGUGUGAUGACAAAGGCAGCAAACCCCUGCAGAACUGGGGGGAACAUCAAGAUCAGACAAACCCUUAUAGUUUUAAUGAGGGCGAUAAUGCUUUGGAUGAUAUCAUCGAAAAGCAGCAUUCUUAUACCACCCAAGGAGAUGAUGAAAAGAUGGAAACACCGGUGUUAAUAGCGGCAAAGAAUGGUGUGACAGAAAUGGUAGAGAAAAUCCUAGAAGUGUAUCCGAUAGCUGUUGAUGACUUGGACGCCAAGAAGAAAAAUAUAGUGUUAUUGGCAAUAGAGAACAGGCAAAUCUACUUAUACGAGUCCUUGCUCAGAAACAAAAGCUUAAGGGAAAGUACAUUUAGGAAAGUGGAUAGCGAGGGAAACACCGCAUUGCACUUGGCAGCCAAACUUGGAAACUAUAAACCUUGGCUCAUUUCUGGCGAUGCGCUGCAAAUGCACUGUGAAUUGAAGUGGUACCUGUUUGUGAGGGACUCGAUGCCGUCUCAUUUCUUUAGGUACAAGUACAACAAUGAAAACAAGACCCCAAGAGAUAUCUUCAUCGAAACUCACAGGGACCUGGUCAGGGCCGCUGGGGAAUGGCAGAAGAGAACCUCGGAAUGUAGCUCCGUGGUAGCAGCACUAAUAGCCACCGUUGCCUUUUCCUCCUCCACCAACGUUCCCGGCGGCUUCCAAGAAGACGCCGGCACCCCGAUUCUCGAAAACAGGCCAGAAUUCAAAACCUUUGCCAUCUCAUCGAUCGUUGCUCUUUGCUGCUCAGUGGCCUCCAUGGUGUGCUUCCUCUCCAUACUCACAUCCAGGUAUCAAGAGCAUGAUUUUGGCAAGACUCUUCCUUGGAAGCUCAUCUUCAGUUUGACAUUGCUGUACGUGGCCAUUACCUCCAGUAUUGUUUCGUUUUGUGCUGGUCAUUUCUAUGUCGACCAACUCGGAUCUCUUGCACUUCCUGUAUAUGCCAUCCUAUGCCUGUCAAUGGCAAUCUUUGCCUUGUCUCAAUUUCCCCUCUACAUUGAUCUCAUACGGGCUACAAAGAAAGUACCAGAGCGUGACCAAGAAACAUUUCUACAAUGAAAAAUGCUAAGAACAUACUUUAUAACAUUUUCUUUUAUUGAAAAUUAUAAAAUUGGGUAUAUUUCAUGUCAUAUUUAAUGACUUUAUCUCCUAAUUUUGUAAAUUUCAAUAAACUUUAAUCAGUUAAAAAAGAUGUGAUUGAAGUUGUGCCCUAAAGAAUAACACUCCUUUUUUUUCUAGAAUAGUUGUUAGACCGUGCCAGCAUUCCAGUAGAAGAGCCAAAAAUUCUGUUACGUUCAAUGUUCCUGUAGGCUGUUAUUAUCUAAUACCGCAUCCUACUAUCUAUACAAUGUUUUUGGUACAUGUAACUUAAUCAAGACCUUGCAUUUGUUUGUUCAUACGAG